UCAGUGUCAAGGGUCAAUUUGUUUGUUUACCAGAUGUACAUGUACGUGAAAACUGUUGAACUACUGCGCUUGCAGGACGCUUACGGUUGUCACGCUGAAACUAAAUCCAGAAGGGAAGAGAACAUGGAAACGAAAUCACUGCCGAGUCUGUUCAACAACCAGGACCACUAUGAUAAGGCUUACAAAGUCUUCUGCGCUCGGACUGCCAAAUUCAAGACGUACUGUGACUGGGUGGACGGUGUGUUUAGCGAGGCGGUGGUUGGUAGGCUCCAGGUCACACUGGACGGAGAAGAAGAGCUACGGGUCAUGGGAGUAGGCAGUGGGUCAGGUGAGAUUGAUUGUUUGAUGUUGGAGCAGCUCAAAAAGCGUUUCCCACUCAUCAAUAAUCGUGUAGUUGACCCUUCUCAGAAGUUGCUAGUCCAAUACAAGGCUUUUGCUCAAACGAAGGCUCACCAGCUACACGGUGUUAAGUUUGACUUUCGGCAGCAGACUAUUGAGCAAUACCAAGAGGCGGGAGAUGGUACCAAGUUCCAUUUCAUCAGCGCAGUUCACUCCAUGUACUACGUGGACAACUUUGAUAGCUCCGUGAUGUAUCUGUACGACCUACUGAUCCCAGGAGGAGCAUUGCUUGUGAUCCUAAAGCCAGAAAGCAGCGGAUGGCAGCGAUUUCUGGACCGCUUUCCUCACCUUUAUGGUCGGGCCUGUUGUGACCUACAAGUAACUUCGAGGGAUUUACUCAAUUUAUUGGACCGCCGUGGCAUCCCGUACACGCAGCACCACCAACCCACGAGCUGCGACAUCACCAAGUGCUUCGACGAAGCUUCUGAGGAAGGCAGCCUGCUGGUGGAUUUCCUGACUCAAACCGUUCACUUCAAGGAGGCGGCGGCCGAAGACGUACAGAGAUCCAUGAUGGAGUAUCUUGCAAGCAGCGACUUAUCCGAGAGGAAAAAUGACGCCAUACUGCUGACCAUUGGCUGGGAUGCAGUAGUAAUAAUUAAGCAACAAGAAUUCAAUUAAUUUUAUCAAAAAUAAUCAAGCCACUAUACAAAUAUGACAUUU